GGCUGAAAAAAUCCCAAAUUCUUACCAAAGACAGGACCAUUUUCGCCGGCCGUUUUUUUUUUUUUUGAGUGUAUUUUUUUGAUGGACUCUUUUCUUAUAGUCUUCUGGGCAGUCACAAUCACAUAGCACCACAAGAUCAUUGCAGAGUCACCCAAAUGAACCGGAAGAUCCGUGUUUGAUUCGGGAAGAGAUUAUGGAAGUUUUGAAAAUUGUUUUAACAAACAAACCAACUUCAUCAAAAGGGCGAAGAAGCCAAUUAUAGAAAGUCUUUCACUCAAUAAUCUGCUCUUUCGCGAGGGAUGGCUCGAGUCUCCCUCGGCUUAGUCUCUUUCACGUUGUUCCUUCUCUUUCUGACGGCGAGUUCAGAAAGUGAACAAGUGAUUCAAGCGCUGACCAGGUUCAUGAAAAAUCUCUCUCCCGAUAACGCAGGAGGAAGGCAGGGUUUCGGCUGGAAUUCGACUUCUGACCCUUGUGUAGACAAAUGGCAUGGGGUGUUCUGUGAUAGCAAGUUAUUUGUUAAGAAAAUUGUUCUUGAUCAGCUCAAUCUAAACGGAUUUCUCGACGCUAGCUCCCUGUGCAAUGCUACCUUGCUUUCAGUCCUGAGUCUCGCCGGCAACAAUGUCAGUGGAGUGAUUCCGGAAGAGAUUUCAAAUUGCUUGAAUCUAAACCACUUGUACCUAGAAACGAAUCGCUUUUCGGGCAACCUCCCGAGCAGUCUCUCCAAGUUGAGUAAACUGGAAAGGCUCAACUUGUCGGACAACAGCUUGUCCGGUCCGCUCCCGGACAUGUCCGGGAUCACAGUUUUGCUGUCUUUCCUUGUUCAAAACAAUCAGUUCAGUGGUGACAUACCAGAACUAGACUUUUCCAAGUUACAACAAUUCAAUGUCUCCAACAACAACCUUAGUGGACCGAUCCCCGAUGUCGAUGGCCGGUUCACUACAAGUAGCUUUUUGGGUAAUCCUGGAUUAUGUGGAAAACCGUUGUCAAACGUUUGUCCACCACCGCCGCCGCCGGCUGCGUCUGCUGCACCUGCACCAGCUGCACUUGCACCUGCACCAACACCUGGUAAAAAGAAAUCGAAAAUCAAUUUUCUUUUGUACAUAGGAAUUGUUGUUCUCGUUCUCGUGUUCGCGAUCGUCUUGGCUUUCUUGUUCAUUCUUAGAUUUUCAAAGGAAAAAAAGGCCGCGAGUGAGAAGAAUGACGAGGUUGGAAAGGAGGAGGUAGAAGUAGAAGAGGUAAACAACAAAGACACUGGAAACUUAAGUGACGCCGAUGAUGAAGAAAACGAGCUCUCGAUACCAUUGAAAGAUGGUGAAACGGGUGCUUCUUCUCUGGUGGUACUUUCGAGUCCGCUGGCGGAGGGGAUGACGUUCAAGGAACUGCUCCGGGCGCCCGCGGAGUUGGUGGGUAGGGGAAGCAAUGGGAGCCUCUACAAGGUUAAGCUUGUGGGUGGGGUGAAUGUGGCUGUGAAAAGGGUUAAGAAUUGGGAGAUUUCAAAGGAGGAUUUCAACAAGAGGAUGCAGAGGAUAGACCAAGUGAAGCAUCCUAAUCUGUUGCCUCCCUUGGCCUAUUAUUGUUCAGACCAAGAGAUGUUUUUGGUUUAUGAGUUCCAGCAGAAUGGAAACCUCUUCAGUCUCCUUCAUGGAUCUCCAAAUGGCCAACUAUUCAACUGGGGAAGCAGGGUAAAUCUCGCGGAUAAAAUCGCAGGAGCACUGGCUUUCGCCCACAGAUCGCUUCACGACGACGGGAUCGCUCACGGGAACCUGAAGUCCACCAACAUAUUGCUCAGCAACGACAUGGAGCCCCGCAUCAGUGAGUACGGUCUAAGGGCGGUCGAACAUCCCAAGAACCAAACGAUUAUCUCCCAAAACAACAGCUUCAAGUCGGACGUCUAUGGCUUCGGAGUGAUCCUUCUCGAGCUCCUCGCGGGGAACGAAGUUCAGAACGUUGGCUCUGAUCUGGCUAGUUGGGUGCAGUCAGUGAUCAGUGGGGAACAGACAGUCGAGUUUUUCGACCGGGAUUUGGUUUUGGAAGGUGCCAGUGAGGAGAGAAUGGUGAAUUUGCUGCAUGUGGCUUUGAAGUGCUUGAGUCCAUUUCCAGAUUCUAGGCCAAGUAUUGAUGAAGUAGCUGCAAUCAUAAGGUCUAUUCAAGAGCAAGAAGAGAGAUCAAGAACCUUUGAACGGAUGAUCAAAUAGUUCCCCAGUAUGUGUUGGGAUUUAUUUCCAGUGAGUCCCUGGAUUUUGAAUGCUGAGACUUGUAUCCCUAUAUAUUUAUAGUAUAUUUCAUAUUGUCCCCUGAAGAGUACUAGUAUAUUUCAUAUUGUCCCCUGAAGAAUAUAGCACUUGUGCCAACUCAUAUUUUGAAAAUAUCAAAUCAAUUACUCUUGUAACUAGUGGCAGAGUCAUGAUUUAGAUUGGGAUGACCUAGUGUAAUGGGAGUCCAAUUCAAAUCAAUCACUCUUGUAACUAGUACCGGAGCCAUGACUUAGAUUGGGGGUGCCGUCUGCCGGGCGGAGUUAUAUAAUGGGAGUCAAAUUGCAUUGUUAUGAGAGAAAGAUUAAAAGUAUAAUAAAAUCAUGUUUUGUCAUCGGCUUUGUUUUUUUGUUAAAAAGGAAUAAAAGCUUGUUCGAAUUCUGAUG